AUGGAUGGCAUGAGAAGCUGGAUCGAGCGGCACAGCCGGAGAGUCUCAGUGAAUGAUGUUCUACUAGAGACCAAAGCAGCAGCGAUUCAAGUGAUGGCCUCCGUGAAGGCCCGAAUCAGCCGUCUCCGAGGAACAAUGGGAGAGGAGCAAGAAACGGUCGAUAGACUCAUGAAAGACCUCACUCAGUGA